UUAAAGCACAAGUUUAAAUUAUUCAAGCCGGUAGUUACGGUCUGCCUGCUAACGACAAAUUGCUGCAGUUUUACGGAAGAGAAUCGCUGCCAGUUCUCCCGCUGUCACUAACAUGCGGGAUUACGAUGAAAUCACCGCUUUUCUCGGACAAUGGGGACCCUUCCAGAAAAUUAUCUUCUUCCUUUUGAGCAUCAGCGUCUUUCCCAAUGGUUUCUGCGGAAUGUCCAUAGUUUUUGUCGGGGAUAUUCCUGAACAUCGCUGUUUCAUUCCCGGGAAUCUCAACCUCAGUGAAGCGUGGAUGAAACGGACUAUCCCUCUGGAACAAGCCAAGGGGAAACUCCAGUACAGCAAAUGUAGACGGUACCGGUUGGAUGUGAUCAGGAAUCUUUCGGAGAUAUUUCCUGACCCAGAUUCCGUCAAUAUUUCUGAGGUGGAACAGGAGCCCUGUUUGGAUGGAUGGGUGUACAGUAAGGAUCAGUACAUCUCCACCAUCGUCAGCGAG